AGAAGUACAAUAGGAAAUAAUUUUCAUAUCGAUUCCACAAGCCGGUUACUCUCUGAAAAACGGAUCUCUUUCACGUCAUGGCGGAUCCCCUCAGCAUAACCGCCAGCGUACUAGCAGUUGUUACUGCUACAAUCCAGAGCGCCCAGUUCGUCGUUACAACAAUCGAUAACAUUAAAAGCGUCCCAGAUACGGUUAAGGAUAUCAGGAACGAGUUGACCGCUCUUAACCUGAUCCUCCAACAUCUACAGCAGCGCAUGGUAUUAGCCGCGCAAAAUACAACUGAAAGUCUACUAGCUGGUCCAAUUAUUACGCGUAGCCUUGAAAACUGCGAAGGCGCAUGUAAACGCUUCAGUGAAUGGUUGAACCGGAGUAUGCGACACUCGACUGAGGACAAGCUGUCCAAGGUCGACAGGUCAAAGAUCGCAAUUUUCGGCCAAAAGAGGAUCGAUGCCUUCAGGGGCCAACUAGAUAACUAUAAAGCCACGCUUCAACUUGCGCUUACGACUGUAGUAAUCCUCUCCACUCCAGCAUUUACGCCAGACACAAUAUCCGAGAAGGCUAAACAGUUGGAAAAACAUGAGAAGGAUAUCGGACAAAAGAUUGCUGAGACCAAAAGCGUUGAAACCAAGAUUGAGGAGGAGAUAAGAAAGCUAAACAUAGCUUCAGGCAUCACAAGCAGCAACACAGACCAAGCGCAACAAAAGUCCUUUCCAGCCUCGGUCGAUGACGAGUCUAACGAAGCAAUGAAGGAACUAAUGAGCGAACUGCAGCACCUGAAGUGUUCGAGCCAGGCAUACUGUCAACUUAGCGAGGAGGCCCUUAGCAAGACAAUGUCCCAACGUACUGGAACCAAUGUGUCGAUAAGAGGAGUUACAGUGACGGACCAGGGACUCAUAAUUAAUGGAGUCAUAUCAGAAACAGGUGAAGAGCUGAAGAUUCAGUUGGAAAUCUCAGAAGUCACUGUUAAAGACCAGGGGAUUGCGGUAAACGUGGUUGCGGACAAACUGGAUCUCAAUCCGAUCCUUGCUGCGCGCAACGAAGCUGUGAGACUCCAUGCAGGAGACAAAAAACAUGUCGAAGGCAAGACGAGUGGGCACAUUCUUGGUCGUCAAGCAACCGUAGAAAAUGCUGGAGUGGCUGAGGUCCAGUCGCCUACUGAACAGGUCAAGACUAGCCGCAUACUAAGAUUGUCUUAGAAAUGGUAGCUCCUCUGGGAGAACAAAAUAUGCAUUCCUUUUUGGAAACCAAGAUGCUAAAUUCAAUAGAUGAAC